AAAAUUUUCCUCUUUAUCUUUUUCUUCCUCCAAUAAUACUCUUUUAUAUUCUACAACUGACUUUUCCCGACUCAAUAGAAAAAUACUCUUUCCUCUGUUUCGUUUUUAUAUAUAUAAACCCAAAAUACUCAACUCCCUAGAUUCAUUACUCCGCCUUCUCCGGCCGGCAAAAAUUCCCACUAAAAGCUGCCAUGGUUAACUUUAAAGCUAUUUCCGUUAAUCUCCUCCUAUUAGUAUUACUAUGUCCGGCGUCAGCUCAGCCAUCAAAUUCCCCUGAUUCCGAGAAUCGGUUCGACUACCCGAGUGUCAGUCCUGCUAUGGCUAUUAUCAUAGUGAUACUUAUUGCUGCUCUAUUUUUCAUUGCCUUCUUCUCAAUUUACAUACGCAACCGCGGUGCAACUAACGGAAGCAUCCGUCAAACCUUCUCCAUGCGACGGCGCACUGCUGCUGCUACUCGUGGACUUGAAGAUUCCGUCAUCGAAACUUUUCCUACCUUUACUUACGUCGAAGUAAAGGAUCAUCAUAUUGGGAAGGGAGCUUUGGAAUGUGCGGUGUGUUUGAACGAAUUUGAAGAUGACGAAAUGUUGCGUUUGAUCCCGAAGUGUGAUCACGUUUUUCACCCUGAAUGCAUCGAUGCUUGGCUCAAAUCUCAUGUAACUUGCCCUGUUUGCCGAGCUGAUCUUACUCCUAAACCUGAUGAACCGGUGCCGGUUCAAACUCCUGAGACGAACCGGGAAUUGGGGCAAGAACAGGAGAAUUUGCAGCAAAAUAACGAAGUUUCGAUUCAAAUAGAGGUAGAUGAGGAUUUGAUGUCACAGCAAGAGGAGAGCUCUGUUAGACCAGAAGUUAAACGAAAUUUGAGUUUCAACGCGGCGAACCGACCGCCGAGGUCCUUUUCUGUGAAGAGACCAAAGAUGUUCAGCAAAUUCAGGUCACAUUCGACCGGUCACUCAUUAGUGGUACCAGGGGAGAAUUUAGACCGGUACACUCUUAGAUUGCCGGAGAAGGUGAGGAAAGAUGUAAUGGACCGGGCUCUACUAAACCGGACAAGGAGCUGCGCAGUCACGCUACCAAGACACGGUAGCACCACAAGAGGGUACAGAGCCGGUCCGGGAGAGGGAAGCAACAGAGGUACAAGGUCAUUCAAGAGAAUUGACCGGUUCGACCCGGAAGCAAAAUCAGACCGGUGGUUUCUCAAGAUUGCACCACCAUUCUUUACCAGAGGUUCAUCAAUGAAGUCACCAAAAGUAAGAGCUGAUAACGAAGAAGCAUCCACAUCCCGUAGUAAUGUGAAAGUAGCAGUAAAAAUGCCGUCCUUCAAAUGCCUGGAGCCGAAAGGUGAUGAACCGGGUUUAUUGGCAAAUGACUCGGCUCGAUCUCCGGUUUAAAGAAUGUGGUAAUUUCUGACUCGGGUUUAAUUAAGCGUGGCGGAAAGGGAAAACUUUUUGUUCGCCGGCAAAUGUGGAGAACGCGUGGUCGAUGCUAAUGGGCUGGGCCCACCAACCUUUGAAAGUUCCGCUAUUGACUUUAAUGCACAUAUAUAUAAUGUCAAAAGUUGAAUUCAAGGUUUUUGAUUUCUAGAAUAUUCUUUAAAAUGUUGAUUAACUUUUAUUAUUUAAAAAACAAAUAAUUUUCAACUUUGGGUUUAUCUGAUGGUGCUCAAUAGUGUGUGUUUAUCUAGAUGGAUGAUGUAAUACCCUAAACACAAUGUAAUUAUACUAUGUGUGUUACUUUGUUCUUGAUUGAUAGAGA